AUGGUUGACCAAACCCUCGCCGGCAAGGUAGCCAUUGUCACCGGCUCAUCCUCAGGUAUCGGCGCGGCAAUCGUGCGAGAACUGUCUUCCCGCGGCGCCAACGCCGUGGUCAACUAUCCCUUCGCUGGACUCAAAGACGAAGCAGACGCCGUGGCAGCUUCACUAACAACCGAAGCUAUCACCGUUGAGGCAGAUAUGGCUAGAAUAGAGUCACCACAGAAGCUCGUGGACGCGGCAAUCGCGAAAUGGAAUCGCAUCGACAUCUUGAUUAAUUGCGUCGCGCUGGCUGUGAACAAGCCACUGGAGGAGCAAACUCUUGAAGACUGGGAUUUACUCGUGAAUAUCAAUGGUCGAGGGACUUUCCUUUUGACCAAGGCCGUUCUACCGCAUCUCACGAAGGGAAGUGGGCGUAUCGUGAAUAUCGCGAGUAUCUCGGCUCGUGGACCGCCUCCUAAUCAGACUAUCUACGCUGGUACGAAAGGGAUGGUCGAUUCUUUUACAAAGUGCUGGGCCAAGGAACUUCCUCCUAAAUACGGAUGCACCGUCAACUCCGUUAGCCCCGGUCCAACCAUGACCGAAGGCUUUGCUGCCGCCGGUGAGGAACAGAUGAAGAUUCUCCAGCCGAUUAUUGACCAAACACCCGUUGGUCCGCGAAUGGGCCGGCCCGAUGAGAUUGCAUUUGCAGUUGCGUUCCUUUGUGAAGAGCGAGCGCGGUGGAUCAAUGGGGAGCAUUUGAUUGCAUCGGGUGGAUUGUUUAUUGAUUAG